AUGGCCGACGGACAGGCCGCAGCACCACGGACCACUGAGGCACAGGGCCCCUCAUUGGCAGACAUAAGAGCAGACAUUAGGGCCCUCACUGAAGCUAUGGUCACCAAGUCAGACCUCCAGGCUCUGUCUGCCAACCUGCACGAGGCAAUCAGAUCAGAAGUAGCCACCAUACAGAGAGACAUUGCAGCACAAGAUGGCCGCAUACAAUCCCUUGAAGCCACGAAUCAAACAACGGUAAACAGACUGGAGGCUACCAACACAGCAAUAACUAAACUGGGCACGAUGCUCCUGCAACUGAGAAGACAGACGGAAGACCUAGACAACAGGGGGCGCAGAGCAAACAUACGGAUCCGCAAUCUACCAGAGGCUCAAGGUGCAGAAGAUGUUGCAGCAACCCUCACGGCCCUCUUCAUGGAAAUCCUGGGCCCUGACGCCCCGCAGAGAUUCGAAUUCGAUCGAGCACACAUAGCCCUGAGACCUAAGAUGGACGGCAGCCCGCCGAGAGACAUCAUUUGCUGUCUUCAUGAGUACAAGAUAAAAGAGCUCAUUAUGGCGAAAGCCAGAACCAAACCAACGUGGCGGUUCGGCAGCUCAGAAAUUGCUCUAUACCACGACCUGUCCCCACUCACGCUAGAGGCAAGAAAAGCCCUGAGACCAGUUGCGCAACUACUAAGAAGCCGCAACAUCCCGUAUAAGUGGGGCUUCCCAUUCUGCCUCACAGCAAGACAUAACAAUGAGUGGAGAUCCCUAUGCUGGCCCGAUGAGGUACCAAAUUUCCUACGAACCAUGGGCCUGCCAAACAUGGAGGUAGCUGAUUGGGUCCUGGGCUCCCUGGAACAGAGGAACAAUCAGCCAGCCCCAAGAGCCCCGAGACGCCGCAGAGAGGACUCUCCGCAAGGCCUCCCAGCUCGCAGACACCAACUACCGGCCCAGCAACAAGCACAACCCGGAGAACACUAG